UCUUCGUAAUUUUACAAGGGGGGACUUUCAUCUCCCACUAGAGAUCUGGACAAUGUCAGAGAUAAGACAUCUAGAUAUUGUUAGUGAUAUUGAUACAGGUAUACAUAUGCCUAAUCCUCUUGAGGCAGAAAGUCUUUGCAUUGGAGAACAACCUUUAUUUCUCAAUAACUUGCAAAAACUUGCUCUCCCUUCCUCUCCUUUUUUGGCGGAAAUCCUAAGAAGAACUCCCAAUCUAAAAAAGCUACAGAUUGUAGAUAUGAAGCAUGCCGACUGGCCUGCUAUUCUUGAUUCUCUCAUUCUUCUACAGAAGCUGGAGACAUUAGCCAUAAAAGCAGAACGAAACAUUGACCCGAUCAAUCUCCCUAGGGAUAUUUUCUUGCAUAAUCUCAAGCAAUUGAGAUUAAGUAGGACUUAUUUUCCAUGGGAAGAUAUGGUUGCGCUGGCUAAUUUACCCAAUCUUGAGGUGCUCAAAACACGAUAUGCAUUCUGGGGAACAGAUUGGAGACUAAAUGAAGAUGUUGUGUUUCACAAACUAAAAUAUCUACUACUUGAGUCCACAUAUAAUCUGGAAAGGUGGGAAACAGCUAGUGAUAAUUUUCCGAUGCUUGAGCAGCUACUCCUGUUUGGGCUCCAAAACUUGGAAGAGAUUCCCCAUAGUAUUGGAGAAAUAAUGACACUAAAGUUCAUCCAAAUACAAUGGUGUAGUUCUGCAGCCGUCGCUAGUGCAAAGAAAAUUCAAGAAGAGCAAAAAAGCUGUGGAAAUGAUAGCCUUGAAGUUCGAAUUAUCUUCAACAGUAGUACGUAAAAUUCCAUCUCUGAGUAUUAUUAGCCAAUUCUUAAUCAAUAUAUCCAUCGAGCCGUGGAAACAGUCUCUUUUAAAAAUGCAGAAUAAGGCUGUGUACAAUAUACCUAUGUGGUUCGACCCUUCGACCCCACGCAUAACGGGAGGCUGCGCUCAUUAACUUUUUACCUGCUUAUCACAUAUGAAGGCUUGUAAACUGAAGAACAGGAAUGAAGUACUAACAGAAUUCAUGUUGAAUUUUUGAAGUACUGUUCUAGGGACUUUAUGAAGCGGAGCCUUGGAGUAACGGUAAAGUUAUCUCUGUAUGACCUAUUGGUCGCGGGUUCGAUCCGUAGAAUCAGUCACUAAUGCUUGCAUUAGGGUAGGCUGCCUACAUCACACCCCAUUUGGGAUGCAAUCCUUCCCCGGGCCCUACGUGAAUGCGAGAUGCUUUAUGCAGUGAGCUGGCCUUUUUCUAGAGAUUUUAUGAAGGGAAGCCUUGGAGCAACGGUAAAGUUAUUUCCAUGUGACGUAUAGGUCACGGGUUCGAGCCAUAGACUCAGCCACUAAUGUUUGCAUUAGGGUAGGCUACCUACAUCAUAUACCCUUAGGGUGCAGCCUUCCCCGACCCUGCGUGAACGCGAGAUAUUUUGUGUACUAAGCUGUCCUUUUUCUAGACUUUAUGUUUUCUUUUUCUUCUUUCUAGUCAAAUCUAUAUUCAAGCUUAUACUAGUUAGAUCCCUGAAUGUUUGAAUAUUUGUGAUAAAUGAUUGGCUUGAGUGCAUUACCUAUAAGGAAGUUGAAAAUUUAUGUUUAGUUGCAAACUUGAAAUCCAAUUGUCUUCUCUUUUUUCGUUUUUUUUUUUUCCUGAUCAUUUAUUUGUCCUUUUAAUUUAGCUUUAAUGUGGUUGAGAAAAAUGUUUAAGGUAAAAUUACAAUACAGUUCAUCCUUUUGAAUUAUUAUGACUACAAGGAUAUACUUGUCAUCCUGUAAUUAUGUGACACAAUUUGGGAAAAUGUGUGAUAAUAAGAAAAGAUAAAAAAAUUAAAAAAGAAAUGGAUAAAUGAAAACAAGAAGAAUUGAAGUAUAAGAUUUUCACCAAUAAAAACAAACUAUCCAUACAACACUCUGAAAAGUAGCAAAACCAUCAAUCCUUGAUUUAAUCCUUAACCAUAUUCACAUCAUUUAGCCGUAUUUCUACCUUCUGAGUAAAAGUUGAUUUUCCAACUGUUAUUAUUUUUCUUAAUAAACUUUCAAAAGAAAUUAUUGAUUAGAAUGUCAAAAAAAGACAUAAAAGCAGUUGAAGAAGGGAAUUGCUCAGGUUAUAAACAACAUGCCAAUGAAGAAGAUUCAAGCCUCUGCACCUCACCUGAGGUUGUCAUUAUCAUUCAAAAGGUGAUAGCAGAGGCGAUCGGAACGUACUUUUUGAUAUUUGUAGGAUGUGGUGCAGUAGCAGUAAAUAAAACAUAUGGUUCAGUAACAUUUCCAGGAAUAUGUGUAGCAUGGGGUUUAAUUGUUAUGGUCAUGGUCUAUGCUGUUGGUCAUAUUUCUGGUGCACAUUUCAACCCUGCAGUUACCAUUGCCUUUGCCAUCUUUAGGCAUUUCCCCUUCAAACAGGUGCCAUUAUACAUAUUGGCACAGUUGGUUGGGGCAAUUCUUGGAAGUGGAACUUUGUAUCUGCUGCUUGAUUUGAAAUCUGAGGCAUUUUUUGGAACAGCUCCAGUGGGAUCAAAUGUUCAAUCUUUGGUUCUUGAAUUCAUCAUCUCUUACCUCUUAAUGUUUGUCAUUUCUGGUGUUGCCACUGACAACAGAUCAAUUGGAGAGCUUGCAGGAAUUGCUAUUGGAAUGACAAUACUCCUAAAUGUUCUGGUUGCAGGGCCAGUAUCAGGAGCAUCAAUGAACCCAGCAAGGAGUAUUGGGCCAGCAAUUGUGAUGCAUGAGUACAAAGGGCUUUGGGUUUACAUAGUUGGGCCAAUAUUGGGUACUAUAGUUGGUGCUUUCACUUAUAACCUAAUUAGGUUUACAGAAAAACCACUCAAAGAACUCACAAAAAGUUCAACAUUUCUCAAGAGCAUGUCCAGAAGCCAUGCUUAAUUUCCAUUUUUCUUAACUAUUCUUUUUUUUUUCCUUUGAGCCCUGUGGUUUAACAUAACAUAGAGCCACUAGUGGCUUGUUAAGAGAAAUUUAUUAGUAAAAGUAAAUAGAAUUACAGAAAAGUGACGUAGUAACAAGUUUUCUAAGUCAUAUCUUAUCUUUAUAUAGUUUUUUUUUUAAAACUUUUUUUUAUGGGGUAUAUGAAACCCGUAUAGUUUUUAACAUGGAAGGUAGUAAUCAACCACUGAAUUAUCCUUUUAUUGUAGUUCAUUGAUUGUUGGUGUUGUGUUAUUUUUAAUAUUUCUUCUUUCUU